CGUGAGAGGAGAGUUCUUGCUAGCAAGACUUUAUUUCCUAACGUUACUCAAACACAACAAACUCCUUUCUCCAACUCUGACUCACGUUUCCACCGUCGUCUUCCUGCAAGAACUCGCCAACGCAGUACGUCAACAAAGCAACGUCUCACGCUCAGAUCCCCAUCCCUCUGCGUCUCUCCCUCCCAAUUCAUCAGUCGCUUCCUUCGCCCAUCUCUUCAGCAUGUCGCUUAAGGUCCAGACCAGCAAUGUGACCAACAAGACAGAUCCAAAGUCCAUCAACUCCCGGGUGUUUAUCGGCAACCUGAACACAGCAGUGGUGAAGAAGUCAGACGUGGAGAGCAUAUUCUCCAAGUAUGGCCGGGUGUUGGGCUGCUCCGUGCACAAGGGCUACGCCUUUGUCCAGUACGCCAGUGAGAGGCACGCCAGGGGCGCUGUGAUCGGGGAGAACGGCAGGGUGCUGGCUGGACAGACACUGGAUAUCAACAUGGCAGGAGAACCGAAGCCAAGAGCCAAAGGCCUGAAGCGAUCAGCAGCUUCUCUAUACAGUGGCUAUGAGUUUGACUACGAUUACUACAGAGAAGACUUCUAUGAUAGGUUGUUUGAGUACCGUGGAAGAGUGUCUCCGGUCCCCCGGGUGGUGCCUGUCAAACGCCCACGUGUGGGGGUGCCUCUGGUACGACGAGUUAAAACACUGCCGGUCAAACUCCUGGCCCGUAACGCCUCUGUCCUCCCCACCAGCAACGGCAACAAACAGAGAUGGAACUGUAAGCAAGCAGCCCAGUAUCGGAAGACCUGA